UAACCACUUGACUUAGGUUUUGUAAAAAUAAUAUUUUUUAAAACCCCGCGCAACAACCGGCAUACUUUGCAGUGCACAAGACGAAUCCGGUUAACAGAUAGCCAAUGAGCAUGUCGUCGCUUCUGGAGAUCAAAAGCAGUGUGCUGAGGCAGGUGCAGGGCCGGCAGUCCGUGCGAGGGAGGAGUGAGCCAGCAGCCCCCACCUGCAGCCCAGUGACUCCCGGUCCUGACAGCACAUCCCCCAGGGCAGCUGAAGGAAAUGGUGAGUUUUUUGAGCGCAUGAAGCACAUUCUCCAGAAGCAGGAUCACAUGCAUCGAGUAGCACAGAACGAGGGCCAGGAUGACGACAGCACAGCCCUGCCUCCGGAGACAGUCAGUGACAUCUGUGUUCCAGAGAAAGUGACCAGGAGAGAGCUGGUCCUCCUAUAUGAAGAAGCAGUCUACACUGUGAUGAACAGGGUUGGGGUGCCCUGCCCAGAAUAUGUGACGAAUGAAGGAGAGCUCCUCAGCUACCUGCAGAAGGUAUUUGACAUAGAGCCAGAAGAGCAAAAGAACAUUCUACAGAGAGUCCAGGAAUCCAAGAGAGCAAGCUACUCCUUGAAGGUUUCUGUCAUGGAAGGGAAGAAUCUUCUGGCAAAAGAUGCCAACGGCUAUAGUGACCCAUACUGCAUGCUGGGAAUACUCCUGGGCCAAAAUCCAAGGGAGCUAGAGGAGAGGAAAGAGAGAAAGUUUAGCUUUCGCAAGAAGAAGGAGAAGACAGAGAAGCGAUCCAGUGCCAGGGAGGUACUGGCAGCCAAGUCCAUACAGGUCACAGAGGUCAAACCCGAGACACUCAAUCCUGUGUGGAACGAGCAUUUUGUUUUUGAAAUUGAUGAUGCCCUCUGUGAUCUACUCCAUUUGGACAUAUGGGAUCACGAUGAUGACGUCUCUGUGACUGAGGCCUGCAAAAAGCUCAAUGAAAUCAGUGGACUCAAAGGAAUGGGCAGAUAUUUUAAGCAGAUUGCCAAGUCUAUGCGAUCCAAUGGCACUGCAGGGUCGGCAGUGGAGGACAAUGUGGAUGACUUUCUGGGCUGCCUAAACAUCCCUAUCAAUGAGAUCCCAGUGGAUGGAUGUGAUAGGUGGUUCAAGCUUGAGCCACGAUCAAGCACCUCCAAAGUGCAGGGAGAGUGUCACCUGAUCCUGAACCUCUUCACCACCCAGAGAGACACAAGCCUAAAUAAAAGAGAUUCACACUUGGCUAUUCAUGAGAAGCUCCUGAGCCAGAUAAUUGGUUAUGAGCACUCUCACGUUCAGGUGGAGCCCUACAACUGGGAUGGGACACUGAGUCGGCCGGCGCAAACAGUGCUGUCCCAUCAUGCAGUGCAAGUCGACCUGGCACCACUGCAGCAGGCCAUCAUACGGUGGAGAUGCUACAGCAGCCACCACCGUUCCCAGCGAAUGUGUUACUCCUUUCUACUUGGGCUCCUGAAGGAUAUUGAGGAGAAGUGGGAUGCCCCCUACAUACAGGGGGAGCUGGAGGCGAGCCUGGCCGACAGCUUCAGCCUCCACACAGACUACUGCCUGUCCCUCCUGAGAAACGUUCGUCAGGUGUUUCCCUGCUCCAGGCCCACUGCCAUCGGCCGCUGUGAGUUCAUGCUGAGGACCUUAGGACACAUUCAUGCCAUGCAGGCCUAUAAGACUGUGUGUCCCUUCCGCAAGGAGCUGCACCUGGAAAUUGCCACCGUGAUAAAGAAGACUACAUUGGAAUGGUAUGAGGGAAUCAUUUCACAAUAUAAACCAGAUCAAGGGACCCUGGAGGAGAAGCUGAGACGGCUGGUCCUGGUGGUGGACGCAGUGUGUGCAGACGUGCAGAGAGGACAGAACGUCUACAACAAGCUCUUCUCCAGUUCUGUGAAGGUAGAGUUCUUCAGUGUCUCCUAUCGACAGCUGGAAAAACUGGUGGCAGAUGAUGUAAGCACUGCUAUGGAAAGAGUGCAUGGAACACUGGAGAAGGAGGGGUCCCAGCUGACCCAAACCAUGGGGGAGACUUUCUUUGAACUCUACGUUUCCCUCAAGACUCUCAAACUCUUCAGGGAGUUUCUGCCCCUCAGGGACUCCAAGAUGUUGGCACUGACAGGAUUCCACGAGUGGUUCAAGACCUCCAUUCAUAUGUGGCUGCAGAUAGUUCAUGAGAAGUCAUGUGACAGAAUUCACAGAGCUGUGGAGGUUGACCAGCUGGAGCCUGUCCACAGUCUGGCCAAGCAUAGCACCUCAGCCGUGGAUGUAACCACCUGCUUCAGCCAGGUGCAGCAGUUCUGGGCUCAGCUGGCCUGGCCUGAUUCAGCGGGGGCCUUCGUCUUUGUGACUCGACUGACAGAUGAUAUCUGCAGUGCAGCUGUGCUUUACUCUGAGUUGAUCAAGCAUAAAGUAGAGAGGAUACAACUUGGACAUGACAAGAACCUCACCAGCCAGCUGUGCAUCACUCUGAACAACAUUGAGCAUGUGCGAGUGUUCUUGGGGAACCUGCCCCAGGACCUGGACUGGCGGACUCUGGAGCAGACCAUGGAGGAGUCCUGUGGUGUGGACGGUAAGGAGCAGGUCAACAAGGCCCUGAAUGCCCAGCUGUACAACAUCGACCUGGACCUGAAGAGAGAGGCCAAGCGCAUGAUCACACACCUCACUGACAAGAUGAUUCUAGAUGUCAAGAAGUACAUCCAGCAUAUCAGUCUCUCCCCAGAUACCAUCAACAAUGAUGACGCUGUGUCGCCUCUGAUGAAAUAUUUGGAUGACACUUUGGUGCUCUUCAGUGAGUCACUUGUGAAGGAAAAUCUGACAAGGAUUCUGCAAAGCUUGUGGCGUCUGCUACUUAGAAUGAUCUUUGACACGGUGGCUGACAAUCGAGGAGUCUCCCUGGAGUUCUUUGGGAGAUUUCACUUCACUGUGGAGGCUCUGGUGGAGUUUUUCCAUGCUGAAGGAGAGGGACUGUCACUGGAGGAUCUCAGGAAUGAACACUACAAGGCACUGGAGGAGGAAUUGCGCCUGAACAAGUGCUCAUCAAAUGAGCUGAUCGAGCAGCACUUCCUGGAGAAGAUCACACAACAGAGGACGCUGAAGCACAGUCGUUUUGGCCGGAUCAGUGUGAAGUGCUACUAUGAAGCUUCUGACCAGCGACUAAACGUGGAGAUCUUGCAUGCAGCCAACCUUAUCGCAUUGGAUGCCAAUGGUCUGAGUGACCCCUUCGUCAUUGUGGAACUAUGUCCUCGCCAUCUGUUCCCCAUGGCCAAAAGCCAGCGGACCCAAGUGAAGCCCAAGACCCUGCACCCUGUCUUUGACGAGCUCUUCCAAUUUCACGUCAGCCCUGAACAGUACCGGCACUCCUUUUCGUGUGUGACCUUCACUGUGAUGGACUAUGAUUGGUUGUCCACCAAUGACUUUGCUGGGGAGGCCAUUGUUGCCCUUAGUGACUUCUGUGGGCCGGAUAAGCCCAGCUCACACGGAGGGGGCAAGAUGGUGCAGCCACUUAUCCUACACCUGUCCCGACCCAAGCCAAGUGAUACGCCGAUUUUGAAGAUGCUGGAAGCAAGAACCACAGACAGGGAGGCGCAGGAGUUUGUCAGAAAACUUAAGGAAAUUCAGAAGUCAGUCGGAGAAGAAGAGUAAAUUGUGCACACCAGUACCGUGUCAUAGUUAACUGACAAACGCUUUUUUAUUUCAUCGGGUCGACUUUAAAAGGAACACACUUAUUUUGCAUUUCGUGGGUUCAAUGGUGGAAAGUUCAGGACACUCAUUUUUAGCCUGUUGAUAAAUGCCAAUUGUGGUGCCGUAUUUCGCUUGUAUGUUUUUUGACAGUAACUACUUCUUUCCUGAGGCCAAACACAAUAAGACUGGUGCAGUUCAUCGUUUCAGUGUUCUUGCCUAGAUACCACAGAUAUGAUAGGAGAGUAAUCUAGAAAAGACAGUACUCAUGCUAAAUGACCUUUUGUGAAAUAAAACUAUCGCUGCUCAAACACAUACUUGUCAGUUGAGGAGAAAGAAAGUGAACUGCUGAUGAAAACAUCUCUUUUCCUUGCAGUGCUUGUGUCUUGCUCGACUUGAAGAAAUUUCGAUAUUUUCAGAUCCUUAAAUUGUCAUGUGAAGUGAAAAACAACAGAGCUGAGUGUACUGUAUCUGUAAGUGAUAUGUAUGCAGUAGCUGUUGAUUUGUGCUUUCACUUUAUUUGUUAAAUAUUUUAAGUUAAAAUAUUUUAAGUUUAAUAUUACAGUAUGUACAGUAUAUGCUUGCUAUUCGGUGUUCUAUAGAAUGAUAUAGAAAUCACUUCACAAAGGGUUCAACUUUAAUUGCUGUACCUAUGAUACCUACAUGUAUCCAUCAAUCUUGUUUAAACCUAACAACUUCUUUACUAAGCAGAUUUUCAUCUUUGCCAUUUGCUCCUUAUGUCAAUCAGUGGUAAUACACGCAAAAAGUAUUUUUCCAUUGUCUGAUAACACAAAAGGACUUCACAGCAUAUUAGUGAAGUUGCAAAGUUGCUGAGGGAGCAAAUUUAUCCAGUUAAAACUGCACUCUAAAUUUAACUGAAUUGUACUGUUUUAGCUGGAGAGAUAACACAGAUUAGACAUCAGAUAAACAUUCCCAGGCUUGUUGUUCUACCAGUCAAGAUAUAAUGUUGGUAUUUGUUGGUGAAAUAAAUGCACAUCAGUUCCUUA